GAAAUAUGAUUUAAAGGGGACGAACGAGCGUGCCAGAAGACUAAAGGCACGGGUAGUCCCUCUUACACGUCGUUGACAUUUUUUGUUUCUUUGUUAAACAAAACAGAUAGAUUCCAUGUUGCUGUGCGUCUUUUCAGUAACUGAUCACAGAAAAUGUAAUAAGAAAAUAAGUGACACAGUCGCCUAACGGCUCGUGUAACGCUUGUUUGUUCUUGCAAUAUUUUGGCGUCAUCUAUGAUCUAUUACUGAACAGACGCACGGCAACAUGGAAUCUAUUUGUUAAAUUAAAUAACAGUGUCUCAUGCUACCUCUAUCUAGGUCGAUCGCUUGUUGUUACCUUUCUCCAAUGAUCUCAUCUCCAAGGCACCCGUCAAAAAAACUUUUAAGCUUGACAAACUGUCACGCCUAUUGAGUAUGUAUUGUCUUUCUCCAUAAUAACCUGUCGGCGGUCACUCCAGAAUCUUGGGCCAGGAAAAUAUCACACCUUAUCAAGAGAGAUCAUCAAAUGGUCUUCUAGUAGCAUAACCGAUCUGUGGAUUGCUUGUUGCAGUUUGCCCGGAUAAACGUUUCGUAGCUUACUGUUACUUAAGGGAUGUCAGGCUGGGAACUAAAUACAAUACAGCGUGGAAAAUAACUAAAGAACUUUUGUAACCAGCAAUCAGUUUAUGGUGUGUGGGAGACAACAUUCCAACGGUGGAGUUUAAGAAAAUAAGCUGGGCCCUGGUAUGGGGUCGUAUUCUGAUUCUAGUGGGCUCUUUCCUGACGUGCGAGGCGGUAAUCUCGAGUGGUGGAAUUCUGGGAUGCAAGCCAUGUGCAAUAGAUGACUGUAAGAAUGAGACAGACUGUUUACUUGGUUCCAUCAUGGACCUGUGCAACUGCUGUACUAAGUGUCUACGAGUUAAUGGUCAGACGUGUGGUGGUACUGGCUACAUCAUUGGCCGGUGCGCAAAAGGAUUAAAAUGCAGCUUAACAAGUAUGUCCCGUAGGAAUCCAGUGGGACACUGUAUCUCACUACUCAAGCCCACUGUCGCACCAGUACAAAAGCUGUUAACGAACAAAGUUGUCAUUGACGAAGCAAAUUUAGAACAGCAGUCGAAUUUUCCAAGGCAAAACAUCCCAGGCCAUCCAGUCAGCAAGAUGGCAGAAAAUGACAUUCAUCCUAAGCAGGAGAACAUCAUUAUACCAGAAAAUUAUACAAAACACAGCCCUCAUUCGAGUGAAAUGGAAAGCACAAAUUCUCCUAAAAUUGAUAAUGGCACGGCAAUGAUAAACGCUACACAUAUGCAUGAUCAGACACACCAGAAGAAACCCAACAGAGCUGCUAACAUGGAGGACUCACUCUCCGAAGUAGGCCCAGCAGUGAUCUUCGUGGCAGUCAGUGGAGCUGUGUUUCUAUGUCUCAUUGGUUUGUUAUUUCUUCCGAUUUCUCCAAAAGCAAACAGAGCGCAAAACUCGCAAACUGGUUCAUAACGACAGUCAAAAAAUGUUCGAACAGGUUUUUAAAAAAGCGAAUGUAGCCUCAGAACCAUCACCAAAGAACCAGCCCCUGCACCCACGAAACGGAUUGCUUCAAUUGAAUGGACGAAAAGGAGAAAGAAACGCUCUGAUUGUCAAAAAUAGAGUUUUUUGUCAACUAAUUUAAUCUAAAUUUAAACUACAUCACUAGUCUCUUUUCUGCUAAACUUAAAGCGAGAUCGAGAAGAAAAAAAUGUUAUAUUCGGGACUGAUCACUCGGCAGUUGCAAACGCAGGCUUGUGGUUCUUCGCUGGCCUGAGCAAAACCGUUUUUUAAAUAAAUUAUAAUGCGUUCAGAGAAAUGAAACGCAAAAGUAAAGGCUAUGCGAAUUAAAAUCAAUAAACCAAGCUGCGAGCUGCUCAUUUGUCUCUGUUCAGCUAUUUUCUCAUUGAAAUUCUUCUCCCUCCCCCACCCCUGUUCGGGGGAGCUCUCACGUAGCCCGUGUGCAGUCAUCUACUAUUCACGCAGAAAAAAAAGUGACGUUUUCAAUAUCCGGGAUCACGCUCUAAUUGGUUGCUUAGCAAUAGGUGUUGUCUCCUGGCUUUUAAAGCACGCGAGCUAGGGCGAGCGCAAAACAGAAAGAAAAUCAAAAACUUUGAGAAGUGUCCCCACCCCCGGGCAUUCCAGUCUCCAGUCACAGUCCAUUCCAGCUUUUACUUUAUCGAGCAAAGUCCUUUCUCAACUCAUUUCUGGCACAUGUGGUACCCAUGGUAACACCCACGAUCACUUUAUAAAUCCAAAUCAUCCAACCCCAAAAAUCACAGCAACACGUCACAUAUAAAAGUAGCAAUCUCCUGAUGUAUUACUUCAAGAAGACAUGUCAACAUUUUUAUCCAUCGCGACGGCAUCUUUUAGGCUCGUCUAAGAACUAUAUCUCUACAUAGCUGUAUUCAAUGUGUUUUUGUAGUUUUCUGUGUCCUUCAAGACUCGUCGACUGUUUUCUCCGGAAAGAUUUUCCAUCUCUUGUGGAGUAACUUGCUCGCGUUUCGCAGUCAUGUUGUCCGGCAUGGUCGUGCAAGGACAUAAGAUGUUUCGUAAUCCACGGCGGUAGCUUUCAACAAACGACAGACAAAUGAUUGGAUUGACCAUGGAAGACGAGGAAAACACAAAACUUCUUAGACUAAAAAACAGUCUUUGAGAGGCACAAGACAAAUUCCAGUGUGGUGCGAAAUAUAACAAUGUCGAUGGAAUAACGCAAAUAUAAAACAGCGCCACGAUAAUAACAGCCAUUCGAAUAGCUUGUCUUCGUUUCUUUUCAGAAUGCCUUUGUAGAUUUUGUGUGUUGUUUGUGAGGGCUCUAUUCUGCCUUUUUAAAGCGAUUGCUAUCGCAGUGUACAAAACGGUUAUUACAACUAAUGGAGCAAUAAAAAGCAAAGCAAAUUGUGCAAACGAAAUUGCCGCCGAAACAUCCGGGUUGUCGCCUGUCAGCAGUCCGGGAUCGUUAUCAGAUUUGAUAACCAUGUGACGUCACAACAUGGCGGCCAUUUCAAAAACCGGGAAUUUUCGUAUUCACUUCGCU